AUGCCAAUAACAAGAAAAUAUUCAAGUACAAGAACUUUUAGUAGUGAAGCACUUGCUGCCGCAGCCACUGCGACCUCGGUAGAGUCAUCAAGAACGAGUUCUCUAGUGAGGAGUAAAUCAGCACCAAGACAUACACAGAAUUUUAGAAGGACAAACAGUAUGAUGAGUAACCCAGAAAGUAGAAGAGAACAUCGCCGAAUCAACAGCUAUGGAUCAUAUGAGAGAACAUUUAGUACCUCAGUAAUACCAACUAAUUAUGAUGAAAACCAGACAAUUGAUACAAACUUGGCAUUCGAUAAUUUCGAUGGUGGUAUUGAUGACAUCAUUGAAACGCGGAACCUUUCUCCUCAAAGACGGUAUAGACAUAUAAGUAAUAGAGGAACACAAGUGGAGAAUAUGAAUCCUUUAGAAGUAGUAGAGAAAUAUGUCCCUGGACCUCGAGGGCUUUCUAUUGUACAGGUCCCUGUAUUAAAGCAACCAUCUCAGAAACCGAAAAAGGAUUAUACUCAGUCAACGACAGCAUCACCUCGAAGGAGAGUGUCGACUAUUAGCUCCCCCAAAAGAGAACCAUUAUCUCCAAAUGCAUUAAAAAGACACGGCGCAGUUAGAAGAUCGAAUAUUGUCCAUUCUUCUGAAGAAGCUCAACAUCCCGUAUCACCACGUCGUUCUCUAAGGGAGGUUGAACCGACUUCCCCAAGAGAUUUCCAUGCAACCUACGAAGAUGAUGAAAAUAGAAUCGAAAAGACUGUUACUACAAGACAAACUAAAGAUCACGGUAGUGUGGAGACCACAACAAUAGUACGCAGACAUACCAAGAGAGAACCUACACCUGACUUACCGGAAUCAAACCACAAUGCCUCAAAUACAAAGGCAAAUGUUUUAAAACUCCGCGAUGAAGUUAAAAAGUCUGAGUUUGAAAAGAACCAAUUAGAAUUGAAACUUGAAAAUAUAAUAAAUGCUGAAAAGACACUAGGUGCAAAGAAGGAAAACCAAAACAUACAUAAUGUUGUUCGAAACGAAAUUCCAAUACCUGUUGCUAUCCCGAAGCAUCAACAUGAUAAAUUGAAGGGACCGAUAAGAGUUGUAAGCAACAUGACGAGUAAUACUAAUACUGAAGAAGGUUUCAGUGAUGAAGGUAGUUUUAAUGACGAUAAUGAAAGUACGUCUAUUGUCUCAAGUAUGGCCACUUAUGAUCACUUAAGUACAAUUCAAUCCAUUGAUGUUGAGCCACCUAAACAAGAUAUUCAACCCGAGACACAUGAGCUACCAAGAGAUACCUCUAAUCAAGAUAUCAAAAUACUGAAUGGGAAAUUAAACGCAUUUUUGGACAAGGAAAUAGUUGAAGAUAAAAAUGAUAAAGGUAAUAACAUGUUCUAUGAAUCUCUUCUUAUGAACAUGUCCACCACUGAGUCAAUUCCAGGGAUGUCGAGUAGGUUUAACUCAAAUAUAUCUCUUGAUCCAAAUGACUCCCAAAUUAGUGUUGUACCAAGCUUAGAUCUCGGUCAAAAUGAACACCAAAAGAAUAAAACACAAGAUAUAAAUACUUCAUUUAAGAUGAGGCACAACCCCUCAAUGGCACAAUAUCUGAAAGCUUCACAUCCUUACCUUAUUAGUUCUGAUGAAGAAACUGAGACCAACCAUGAGAAUAACACAUAUUUAUCUAUUGAUAAUGCCAAUGAAAGGAGAACACCAGAUGAUACAGAUUCCAAUAUAGAUAGUACUUUAUCUCUUAACAUCCCACAUGACCAAGUGCCAACAUCCUCAUAUACAUCUGUCGACUCACAUAGUAAAGGUGAACGUACGUUAAGCAUAGCGAAUAAAGAUUUUUCAAAACAAUUUUUGAAAGCUUCUUAUCAUGAAGAUACCACCGAUCAUUCUAAGUUAUCCCGAACUAAUUUAAACGGGUCACAAUCGACAGAUAUUUCGUCAUCUAUUGAUGUACCAGGUACUUACAAGAACAGUACUGCCAUUGGUAAUGCAGAUAUAACCCUAGACAGAUUAAAGAGCGAAUCAUCAUCUGUUUAUUCCUAUCAUCCAAUAAAAAAUACCAUUCAACCUAAAGUAAUACACCUUGACAAUUUGGGAGAAACACUUGGUGAAUGCAACCAUAUGAGAGAUUCCUCUCAGGAUGAAAAAAACUUGGUUCUAAGUAAAAGGAAUAAUCGGAGUAUAGGGCAUAAAGGGCAUAAAAUAAGUCAAUCAGUUGAUUUGGAUAUUCAGAAAGGGGAUAUAAGGAGAAGAAGCGAAAAAGUGUCAACUUUUAACGGACAAGCCCGUUCUAAAUCGUUGACUAGGAGAUUUUCGUUACAAACUGCUGUGAAAAAUAUUAAUAAUAUCGAGAAUGAAACGUUUAAGAAACAUUCGAGAAAUAGUAGUAUCGGUAAAAGCUUAAAGAAAAUGCUUGGUAUCCAUUCAAAAUAA